AGGCGCGGCGAGCGCCCCUCCCCCGCCGGGCCCGCCCCUCACCCGGGGCCGCCGAGCGCAGUCUGCAGCGGCCACCUCAGUAGCGCCGGGUCCCGACGGACACUUGCUUCCCGCAGCCCUCAGCCCUCUGCCGGGCGCUGACGGUCCCGCACGCCAGCUGCCGCAGUAGCCGGCGCGCCCGAAACUUCCAGCACUAUGUUGAAUAAGAUGUGUGAAAGCAGAUAUCCUGCCUUGUUCCCGAUCUUAGGGGGUUUAUCCAUGAGCUCAGAUUUCCCACAUUACAACUUCAGGAUGCCUAAUAUUGGAUUCCAGAAUCUGCCUCUCAACAUAUAUAUUGUGGUUUUUGGCACUGCUAUAUUUGUCUUCAUCCUUAGUUUACUCUUCUGUUGCUACUUGAUUAGGCUAAGACAUCAAGCCCAUAAAGAAUUUUAUGCAUACAAACAGGUUAUAUUAAAAGAGAAAGUAAAAGAAUUGAAUUUACAUGAGCUCUGUGCAGUAUGUCUAGAAGACUUCAAGCCUCGAGACGAGUUGGGGAUUUGUCCAUGUAAGCAUGCCUUCCACAGAAAGUGCCUUAUUAAGUGGCUGGAAGUUCGGAAAGUGUGUCCCCUGUGCAACAUGCCAGUUCUGCAGCUGGCUCAGUUGCAUAAGCAGGACCAUGGGCCCCCCCAGGGACCCCUGCCUGGGGCAGAGAACAUUGUAUAGCUCACUGCAAGGAUCAGACUGUUGUUGGAUACGACAUCUGUGUGGAGCCAGGAGGAACACAAGUGGUCUCUGCCUUGGCUACUUUCUACCUGGGGCAUCAGCUACCGUAGACUUCUUUUGCCUCAUGAAGAACUCUGAGUCAGCC